CGAUAGUGUAGCUACAUCUUCGAAACAUAAGAAAAAUCACGAAAAAAAUUGAUCGAUGAUGUCAUGAGCUGCGAGAUUUCAUGCCAGAAAGAUGGCGGCCACUGAAAGGCAGUGGUAUGUCGGAGAGGACGGCUGUAUACCCAUUGGAGAACCAGCCAGCGACGUCACAUACCAUUCUGCAUUGAAUUCCAUUAUUGUUUCAACUAAGGAACCAUCCGUUAAGAUUUAUGAUGUGGCCUCUGGUGCUAUCUUACAAAAAUCAAGUCUUUCCGCACAAGGCAAAGAUGCAGUUAAGUGUAUGUAUAUAUCUGGAAAGGACAGAAUAUUAUUUUGUGAUCAAAAUGGUGUGGGAGUGCGGAGUGACCUGAGGGGAAUGAUACUCUUGGACACUGCACUACAGCCACCUGUAUUUAAGACAGAGGACUUGGUCAGAGUGGAGAUUCCCUUAGUAGAGGCUAUCCAGCUGCUGAAGUCAUUAGUCAGUGCAGAGCUCCCUGGAGUAGAUCAUGUGGACGAUACUGUAAAGGAGCUGGAAAAACGUAUAGAAUUUGUGCAGGAAUCCACAAAAGGAAAUCUCAAAACAUCUAAAUGGGCAACAGUUUGUGUGGAGCUUCCCCAUGCCGUCCUGAAGAGUGUGUGUUCUAGUCUUGUGUCAGAAAUGAGGAGACUGAUGGUGUACAACCCCGGUUUGUCAGUAGCCUCUGCUAUAAGUGACAGACUGACGUACCUCCUGCCCAACCCACAGCUAUUGGAGGGCAGUAGUGCCCCAUGUGAGAGGGCAAUGAUGUACAGUGAAGCAGCUCGACAAGAGACAUUCAAAAAAUGGCCACAUAUGAACUACAAAUGGGCUUUACCAGAUCCUAUGUCCCAGGCAGGCUUUUACCAUCAGCCCAAUUCUAUUGGAGACGACAGAGCUAUGUGCUUUACUUGCAAUGUGUGUCUGGUGUGUUGGGAACCCACAGAUGAACCCUGGUCUGAGCAUGAAAGACAUUCACCAGCCUGUCCAUUUGUAAAAGGGGAAUAUACACAGAAUGUACCUCUGAGUGUUACAUAUGCAAGCCAACCAGCAAGGAGACAUGGAGACCGUAAUGAAAAGGUUGAAUGUCUAAGUACAACCAAUACUGAUGAUUUUGUGGCAACAUCAACACUGAAUGGAAACAUCGUAGUGUGGAACAUCUCAAAAAUAUCAAAGAAACACUGCCAGUUUAACCUGGAUCCCACAGCCACUGUCAUUGCGAUGAAGACUGGUCUACAGAUUGACCGCCCAAGUGUGAGAGAGAUCCAUACUCAGACUACAGAGGUCGAGUCCUCAGAAGGAGCUGAGCAAUGUGUUAGUGUUACAAACGGUGAGGGUGGAUGUGACGUCAAACCAGAAUUCUUAUCAACAAAUUGCAUUGAUAUAAUUGAUGGUCAAGUGAAAGAACAAGAAUCUUUAUAUGAGAUACCUCUGUAUAGCAAACCUGACAAAUCAGAAGCAAGCACACGGUCCCGGCCAUGUGAAGAUGUACAAGUGAAAUCCUUAUGUGUCCUUAGGAAACCCAAUCCAGAAAAGUGGUCUUCAUCAAAAGAAAACUGCAGUGGGAGCAGUGGUACAAAAUCCAAAAGGAAAUCCAGAUCUUAUCCUCAGCCUACAGUGGUGUGUGGUGCUUCCCUUAGACGGACUAAUCUCACACUUUCCAAUAAGGAGGUACAAAACACUGACAUCACCACAGAAGUUCAACUCAUGAAUGAGGUAAAUGAAGUGGUGAGCUGUGAUUCUAAUCCAAGGAUUAUUGAAGAUGAAGAUUUGGAGGAUGAAGAUGAAGGAUGUCAGGAUGAGUUGUUGAAUUCUACAGAAUUUGUGCCACAUAUACUUUUGUUAGCUGUUAAAGAUGAUAGUAGAAAAAGUAGUAAACACAAAGAAAAAGAAAGCAAAAAAGUUUCUUCUUCGUUGUCGACCAGUGAGUUGAGUUAUGUGAAUGUCCCAGUGCUAGGUUCGGGAGACCAUGUGACUGUCAGUAGCAGUAAUUGGGCACAGCUGGAUCCUAUGUUUGAUCCAGAUCCAGACCCAGACGUUCAGAUAACGGGAAUCACUCCAGGACCAAGCACCAACUUCACCGGUACCAUCAAUGUUUCUACAAGUGACAGUUCUCCUAUUAUUGUCAAGGAACACAAUGGUCCGACUGAACCUGAGCAAGGAAAAUCUGACAAUACAAGAAAAACAGAAGAAGUAACAGUAAAGAAUACUUCAGUGACAUUAAAGCUACGAGCUGGGGCUGUUUUACAGUGUGUAGAACUCCCAGAGAAUCUACGGUCUGAUAAUUUUGAAAUUUCUCAUAUUAUUCCUACCUUAGAUGGACAGCAUUUGAUAGUGGUUGUGAAACCUAGUACAAGACACUGGAACGUGGCUGCCUCGGCGGAGAACAAUGCUGUGAUAUCCAACUCUAUAACAAACAACUGUGAUGAACCUCAGACUGCUUCUGAAGACCUCAGCUCACCUAGCUCUGUGUCUGAUAUGGAUAUAGACUUACCAAAGGAUAAUGAAGGAGAUGGGGACUGCCAAGGGGGCUGUAUACUGGUAUACAGCUUCACCUAUGGCAACGAGUAUGCUGUGUUGGACGAGUCGCCCGUGAUAGUCAAGUGUAUCGACAGACUUGAUCAAGGUGUGAAACAUGUUCUGGUGCUUCCACAUGAUGUGUGUGACCUACAAGAGGAUGAUGAUGACUGUGCAAUGUAUGGACAAGUGGGUCAAGUGCCAAAUUCUGUCUCUAAUAGGUCAUCUGUUGACAUCCAUGGUCAGAUAGCAGUAACUCUAGUCAGUGGUAAGGUGUGGCUUCUCAACCUAUGUGAUCUCAGUAGAGUGGCAGAGGUCACCCCUCCAAGUGGAGACACGUUUGUUUCUUCAACAUAUUGUACAGGUAUUGAGCGACUGUGUAUAUGUACAGCUCAUGGGAAGCUGCACUUCUACCAGCUCUGUGACCACAGUCCACCCCAAACCAAGCAGCAGCCUUUGGACUCACCUGAUGGACUGUGUAAUGGUGAAUUUCCUGCUGAGCAUGACACCAUUCAGAGUAAACCAGAACAAGAGAGUAGGGAAACCACUGAUAAGUACAGUCCUGGGUCUGACAUGCUCACUAAGCAGCCAAUCAGUGUGGAGAAUCUGGUGAUUCUACAUAACUUAAUACAGUUUGAGAAUCUGAUGCCUCGGUUUACUGCCACUGUGCCCGCUUGCUGGACAGAGAUCCAACAGGAACAGCAACAGAGGCGCCAUCCUCAACAUCUACAACAUCAAGGGGAAGCUACUCAACACACAAGGACAUGGAAACUCCAACAGGACUGCAAUACUUGGGAGGAACACAUGUUGGAGAUAGUUCUGCCCCGACCUUGUUGUGUUGGACAUGUGGAUGUCAAGUUUACAUUACAACCCCAGUGUAGUAAUCCUCCGGACAUUCAGGUCACACUGCUCAAACAAAACAUAACCAGUCUUGGUCGUCAGCCCACCAUGCCAUCAAGUCCAAGUAAUGCCGAUGUGGACACAGGAAUAGACUUUGGUAUGUCCAAGGCUGGCAGUAGUUCCGAGUCACAGGAAUUUUUUUGUAAACCAACAGAAAGCUCCAGCAAUAAUGUUCUGGAUCCUAUGUUCCAGGAAAGUCAUAAUGCCGAGAUAUUGUGUGGCCCUAUCAAUCUCUCCACUUGUUUAGACCUGUCUGGUAGCAGUGGUAUAAUCACACUCACUAGUCCACAGCUGAUGAGCUCAAAGCCAAAAGCUUUUCUCCUGCAUUUCAGAGGUUUUGCUCAGAACAAAAAUACUGAUGACAAAACAAAUGAUAAACCAAAGGAUUCCAAAAAGAAAGCUGCACCAGCUACAAACACAGCACAAAAGAUGAAGGUAAUGAAGACAGCUUUUGACAAUGACCUGUUUGUGCCACUAAAAGAGACAGUGAUCUCGGCACUACCCAGGCCCAAGUUACCAGAGAACCUACAAGGCUGUGACUGGAUACAAGAACUGUCUAUCACUAUCAGAAAGUCCAAGAAGUUAGCACUUCCAAAAGAAAGGUUACAGAGAAUCUCAAUGAUAGAAAGUACACAGUUUCACGGGAAUUUAUUGUCUGCAGUAAGCUUAGAGGAUGAGUUUGUAUUUGGUGGAAUUAGUUCACAGCAGUGGCAGGAUAUGAUACUAGACAUUCUCAUGUGGAUUACUGCCAUACAGAACAAGGAUCCAGAGAAAAAAAGUUCGCUGAAGUCAUUGCCAGAGACAAUUCAGAGUAAACUUGGACCUUUGAUCAAAGCUUGUUUUAUCUCCGGGUCUCGCACCACAGCUCACAAAUGUGCAAGACUAUUAGCUAUGUGCAUGGAUCACAACAAGCAUUCAUCUGACGCUGACAUAACCCCAACCUUCAGCUGGAGUCUGCUGCAGGCCUUGCUGGAAUGUCUAAAGCUGCUACCAUCUGCACACUCAGCUGGUGCUGUCAAGUGGUUUUUCAGCAUGCUCAACCGUGUCAAGUGUGUAGAUGCAACAUCUGUGGCCCAGAGCUGUGCGGAACUCAUGAUGUUCACUGCUAAACAUUACUAUGACAGACUGUUACCUCUACAUUCUCUUCUCAAGUCUAGGUUUGGUUUGUAUGGUCAACCCUUUGAUCCUGAUCUGUUUGACACAGAUCUUCCUAUGGCUCUCAAACAGACAAUCCCAGUCACACCCAACUACGCUGCUGCUGUUGGUUGUGUAUCCACUGCUGGAAAUAACAACAAUAAUUCAGUCAUUCCAACCCUGGUGGCUGAUGAAAUGGACUUUUAUGAUUUGUUCAACCCUCCAUCAGAAAAGUCUUCAAAGGCUCAGCUGGAGUAUGCCAGGAGCAGCAUAUUUGGACUGUUGGAAGUUGAACCUCUCCAUUUCAUUUGCCAUUCUACGAGUGAUGGAACAAAAAUGGAGAGGCUAGAUACAAGUGCUACUGGACACUCGGCUUCUCUCAACACAUCUGGACUUUCUGGUACCAUUAAUUUUGGGGAGGCACUGCCCUCGCAACCUCCUACAGCCAGUGCAUCCACACUAGCUACAAUGUCAUCCAACAUGACAAAACAACUCAUACAAGAGAACAGCCAGAAAAGCUACACAUUUAAAAACAAGACCACCUUCAAACACAAGAUCGAUCACAUCAAAGAUGCCAUCAAGAUUCUGUCAGAGGUGAACAAAACCAUUUCUGAUGAUCUCACUACAAAAACUGUCACCUCUGAUCAGCUGUUGCCUCCCACCCCCAAAACCACUCCCCAGGUGAUGACCCCACCCAUGACACCACCUAAUGAGACUUGGCAGCAGAAUCAAGGUACCAAUGACAAGUCUGACGCCUUGAAACAGCAGUAUGCUCAGGCACAGAAGUCCUCACUAGGGAUCCCUAACACUCAGACCCUGCUGCAGCCUCCUCCUCUACAGGUGUUAGUCAUAGAGAGAAUGCACUCUGGUGCUCGUCGAUUUGUAAUUCUGGACUUUGGUAAGCCAGUGGUGCUAACGGAUGUGGUGAUCCCAGCAUGUGCAGACCUUGCCUCGCUGUCUAUAGAUGUGUGGGUACAGGGUGAAGAGAUUGAUGGCCAGAGAUUUGUGGUGGCUGGAGACAUAGGCAGCAGAUCUCUCAUCAUGAAUGAUAUCAUGCCAGCACCAGUCUGCAGAUACCUCAAGAUAACUACCAUAGGCAGAUAUGGAAGUGGUUCUACAAGAACAAAAAUUCCUAUUGGUGCAUUCUAUGGACACAGCUGUAUCUUACCAUGGGAGUGGAACAGUUACCUGGAACAGCAAAACUCUCAGGGCAGCAGUAUGUCCGGGAGUCAAAUAGAAUUGCCCACUCAGCCCCAUUUAUUGGCCCAGUUAAGUGUGUACAUGUCAUUGCUGGAGGACAUUCAGUGUAGGUACAGUCUGGCUAGGACCAGGCUUGAGAAUCUGUUGGCUGCUGUUAAUACUCAGCAGUAUGCUAGUGGCCAUAUACAGUACUAUCUGAAAAAGCAGAAGAAGAACGACUGUGAUAAUAAAAUUUUGCAGGCGUAUCAUGACUGCCUUCAACUUCAGCUUCAACUGAACCUGGCCCAAAGGGCCACAGACAGACUCCACAGUGCUUUAGGUUUCAAAGGUCAUCGAGUGGAAACCUCAUUGACACUGAACACACGACUGCGUCAGGCAUGCACAGACAAACUAAGGUUUCUACUGGAGCUGACACUGGACACAUUGCUCAGUCUAACAACUGUGUCACCAAGUAUUCCACAACCACCAGCCUCUUUGUUCAAAAUGUUGGACCCUCUGAACUCAGAAAUGUUGUUCAAGCAUUUAUGUGUUCAUGGGACAAAGAAGAUCCAGAUCGGUAUGGGGAUGCUGCUGAUGCGGGUGUGUGGCAGCCAGCAAUGGUGGGGUAACUUCUUAGGCAAUGCUCUACAGGAAUUCUUCCACUCAGAAAAUACACAAAUCUUCUCCCAGGAUAGGGUGUUUGUGCUGCUUCUGGCAAUGGGACAGAAAGCGUUGUCAGGUCCCAGUGCUGUACACAUCAUGGAAAGUUUGUUAGAUAUGCUGGCCAGAGUCCUUACUCCUCUCAUCAACAACCAGCAAACAAUGCAGUUUGGUCAGUCAGGUUUGAUAGACUUGACACUGGUAGGAUGGAUUCUGUUGUUCCUGUGCCGUAACCUGGACCACACAUUCGUUGUAGGGUCUAAUGGGGAAGACCGACAGAUGAAGCGAGAAAAUGGCAACAGUUUACCAAAUAGAUGGAAUUUCAUACAAGGAGACCAUAAUUUGGUUAACAAUAAAAGUAAGGUGAAAAGUUCCAAGUUGUAUCGAUGGUCCAUGCACAAGCGUCUUCUGCAUCAUAAACAGAAGCUCAUGGACCUCCAGCAGGCCCAGAAAACAUUCUUCAGCUCUGACAAAACAGCAUCAGGCAGCAGUACCUCUCUUCUCAAACAGCAAGAGAAGCAGUUUCGUAAGGAGCUUUCCCAGUAUGCCUCCAAGUAUGUCAACAAAAUUUUCCAGAUGAGGUCCAAUGUGGAUGCCCUACGUAAACUACCAAAGAUGGAUGAGAUAGCAGGUCCCAGUAAGAGUAGUGGCGAUUAUGAUCAGGACGGUGUUUUGGUGCUUUCCAAGGACAAAACACUACGAGUGGUGCGGGGUCUCAUGGCUCUCCUCCUCAGCAUGGACUUCACUUGUAAUGUCGACCUGUUCCUGGUCACUUGCAAGGUGCUUGCCACCAUUUGCGUGACGACACGGCCAGCUAUCACACUGUCAGAGGCCAUGGGACAGGAGCAGUUGGAGAAACUCAUACUGCUAGCAUCCAACAUGGAAUUCAGUCACAGCAACAUCAGUUGGGGCGGACCUUGGGCAGGACAUGCAAUUACAUGUCUUCUACAGGACAUACUUGAUGGAGAGAAGUUUUAUCCCCCUAACAAUGACACAACCGAGUUGACAGAAGAGUGUAUCAGUAACAUCACAGAGACAGAUGAGAGCCUGCCUAGCAGUGUCGGUCUGCCUACUAUGGAGGACAGUGAAUCAGGGGCAGACAACCAAGAUGCUGAUUCCUCUGAGAGCAAAGACGAUUCAACAAAAAUGAAUUUUGACAAGGAAUCUUCCAUGAUGGUAGACCUUCUGUUAAAUGGGGAAGAGGAAUAUGAGGAAUCAGCUGCAAAGUUACAUGCUUAUGUGACCGGCCAUGCCAGUAAACCACCACCACCUCCCAUGUCUCCCUACGAAACACCACUACCAACCACUAGUCUCAAUGGCGCUCUGGAAAUGAAUUCUUCUGGAGUGUUCUCAGCAGAGAUGGAGAAGGUGGAGAAGUUAAUGGUUCAAAAGCUGAUAGGUCAAAAUAAACAAAUGGCUGAGAUGACCAAAGGUGACAAGACUCUGGCCAACACUGGUACCACUCUUCAACAGAUGCCCUCAUUACUGGGGUGUACUUUAUCAGGCUACCCAGGCACUAUGAAGUCCAGUCUGAUGGCCACUGUCCAGGGCAUGUCAACAGCUAUGGACGCCAGGCUAGAAUUUGGUCUGGAAACACAUGCUGAAAUUAGACUCAAGACCAUGCUGUCAUUACACACGGAGAAUGUACAGCAGGCUUUCUCUUCAUCACUACCUGUGGCACCCUCUCCUGGCAUCAGCGUUGAACAAAGUUCCCCUCCAACCACUGAUGAUGACAUUUCAGAAAGCAGAGCAAACUUACCAGAGAAUUCAUCAUCGGAGAUGUUGAGUCAGUGUUAUGCCCAUCUGUUUAACAAUCUCAUACCCCAACAUACAAACCUUGAUGCCCUGCUGCAAUUGUGGCUCACCUUGAAUGGCGAAGGUAGUUCUGAGGGCAGUAGCACUCAGCUGACCUUUGACCCCAGUCGGACACCCCUGAUCCCCCUAAGUACGACUUCCAUGGCUAACAUGCUAGCUCUGGUGAAUGCCACACCCAGCUUGCCAGUGUGUACAUGGGUACUUGUGUUCCAAUCGCUCACUCUGUUAGCCAACCAGAAGAUCCGCUCCCACCCCUUGGGACCAGAGCAGUCCAUGGUGAUUCCCAUGAUGGCUGAACGAAACCUCAUGGCAGUCAUAACCAGAUUCCUGUCAGGAACAUCAGAAUAUGGACCCAUAGCAUCAGCAGCACAGUUUUCACAGGUUGGACCUUCAGCUACCAAAAGCUUUUAUGAAUUUCUGCUGAGACUUUUGGUUAAAUGCUCAGCUGAUAACCUGAAGAAUCUGAAGGAGUUGAUGCUGAAGUUAGUGUAUACUCUGUGUGCUGAGAGAGGUGCCUUCCACUCUGGCCUAGGGCCCCUUGAUGCACAGUGUAAGUUCCUGUCUUUCAUUCUUGACAUGUCGUAUGAGAACAUUGAGGUUGGCAAUGCCAUGGGUGUGAUUGAGUCCAUCAGUAGCCUUGUCCACCAGCACAUACUGUGUCAGGAGCGCAUCAGCUGCCGCAGUUCCUCAGAGAACAAUGUCAACGCCAGGUCAUGUUUUGGUGGAUUGUUUGCGAGUCUGUUACGGGGAGUAGACUCCAGGUCAUCACCUGGAGAUGCCUCUAGAGACUCCUUAAUGUGUAGUUUACUGCGACUCAUCAACAGUCUUAUACAGAUUCGAUAUGGACCACGAACAAGUCGUAUGUCAUCUGUGGUACUGGAUAACAGUACAGAGCCUCACACUCCCACCCUCAACCUGUCGGCACUGGCCACCUCCACACCUACUUCUGCUUUCAUGCUGUCUGAUGAGGAAAAGUGUCAGCAAACUGAUGAACAAAAGACUGAAAAUUUGCAUGCUCCUCCAGAGCCGAAUAACACAUAUGUAGCUGACAUUAUUUUGGGUCACAGACAGAUCAUGUGUCAUUUAAUGGAGGCCCUAAGCUAUUGCAAUAGUAACACUAUGGCUAUGAUCCUUGCCAGUAGGGGUGUGUCUAGUCACAUGCAGGACACAUUUACUGGAAGUAACCCUAUCUCUGUUGGAGAUGGAAUUUACCAGAUCCUGCGUACCCUGUCCUCGCACUGUUCUGACCAGAAACUGGUACUGGAAUCUCUCUUCUAUUAUAUGUCUGGUUCCUACAUGGGUAUGGCCUCAUCACCAUCGCUCUGUAGGCUGUCGGAACCUCUGCUCUGGUUUAUGCUGAAGGUGCUUGACAACUCGCGUGCAAUUCAUAUAUUCCUUGACAUGGGUGGGGUAGAAGUUGUAUGUCGCAACUUAGUCAGCUGUAACUGUAGAAUCAUCAAUACAUCACCCAGUCUCAUCUCCACGAUCAUGCAGAACCUCAAUGGAAGGUCAAAGAUGAUGGAAAAGAAGACUACAGGGGAACCAGAAUCCCCAGAUGGAUUGCAGAACUUUGCUCCCUUAGGUUCGAUCAGUUCCAGUAGCCCCACAGCCAGCCCAGCAGAUGUCCUCAUACAGGCCGCCCAAACUCAUCGCAGGGCACGCUCUGCAGCUUGGUCCUACCACUUUUAUCCAGAUGAGGCCUGGGUGGAUCUGACAGUACAACUGCCCUUUGCUAUUUUGCUGAAAGAGGUCCAGAUUCAGCCUCACAAUGCCUCGCUUACCACAUGCCCAGCCUUUGUGUCACUGGAAAUCAGCCAUGAUGGAGUGACCAGCACCCCACUGUGUCAACCCUUGAUGACCAGCAGUCUGGCCUUCAUCAAGCUCCAGCUACAGCGGCCAGAGGUGGCCACUUGUGUGACCAUCCGUCUGCACAAAGCACGCGACUCUAUGACGAUUGGUUUGUCACAGAUCCAGCUUGUGGGCUACAGCGCCUUCGGGGACACUGGCAACGCCCCACAGAACAUUUUCAUGCCUACAGAGGACUUUGUGUCCAGGUCUAGUGUGCGAUGGAUCCGCCUGCUUCACCAUUGUAUGACUGCCCACAAGGAGGUAGAGAGCCAAGUGGCCGCAGCAGCUGCCUGUACUCCAAACCUUCUUAACACGUGCUCAGCCCUUUUGGUCUCUCCCAUGUCAAAUGUAUAUGCCCCCAACAUAGAGAAUGUACUGCUCAAUCUAGGACUACACUCUAUUUCCAUGGGCCUGGCUCUCAUAGACAAUAUACUUCGGAGUCCACUUGGUCAAGCUGAUGCCAAUUCAGGGAUCACCACCCCCUACCUAGGUAAAGUGAGUGGUUUAGCCAAUGACUCGACAGUGGAACUGCUCUACCAGCUUAGCACUGUGCAAGACUCCGGCACAAAACACAGAGUGAAGGCGUUGCUUGACUGGCUAAGAGACAGUGCAAGAUUAAGUUUACAGAGGACCUCCAUGUACUCCGCUGAAGGUUACAUCCGAGGGUCACCCCUUUGUCUGCCAAGCCCCGCUCCCUCACACAUCCAGUGUGUGGCGUCUGUCUUGUGGUACAGUCAUGAGGCUCAAGUGGAAUACAACCUGUCUGAUCUCAUUACAGUAGAUCUUGUCAGUGCAUUGUAUGAGUGGUCAACAGUGUUAAAGUCUGACUCGGCACUGAAGAAGUCUGUUAACUAUGUCCUGUGUUCUGUGUGUCACAUCAAUCCCGAGUAUUUCUCCCAGCUGCUCACCUGGAUGGGUGUGAUUGUUAAUGAUGAGGUCAGCAUGACGUCCUCAGUGUGCGAUGACCGAAAGGAUGGAGGAUCACAUCUACACCAAGAAUGUCUGACAGAUGACUCCAAGGAAGCUAACAGUAUACAGCGGCAGCAGAGUCUGGGGACAGAUAGUCCUGUGGUGGAGGACAUCCCUGUACCAGGCUUCCGUCACAUCGUGUUGGAGGAGGCUCACCUAUCUACACUCUCUCUGGCCUGUAAAUCACCUGUGGCUAUCAAGCAGUUACUUGAUUCUGGAUUUCCAGCUGUGUUGGCACAAGGGUUAUUUGAGUUCUGUAGUAAGGUGAUGUCACACCUCACGGAUGGCUUUGUGAAUUUAGAAGGACUUACAGACACUAGUAAAACAAUGAAUGAUGAUGCGUCUACUUCAAAGGUCAAUGGGGACAACGGCAAUGAUACAGACAAUAACCUGUGGAUAACUGCAGACAUAGUAGCUGCAGUUCUCCAGUUUUUCUCAGAGGUGUCAUCAGAGCCUCUUAUGAAGGACUGGCUAGGAGGAGCCGAGGGCAACAUUUUCUGGCCAGCCAUCCUCACAAUGUUGUGCAAUACCCCAGUCCAGGCAACUGCCAUCAGGAAAAACUCUAACCAACGGAUUGAGUUGAUGUCUCUGGAGGACAGGACAGCUAUAGAGACAGCAGCUGUGCGAUUCUUCACUCAGGUCACGUCAUGUCACAUUGUUAACCAGCUGUUGUUUGCCAAAGUUCUGUGUGAGGUGGUCAAGGAGCAGAACUCCACCUCCAAAACUGGUCAAGUUUGCAGUAACUUCCCAUUGUCUGGAUUUACACGCUGCCUGUUCCUACAGGCCCUACUUGAGGACGAGAAAGUGUUGGUGGCACUACAGUUUAGUCCGCAACAACAGCAAGAUCAGCGCAUACAGCUCAGUACCAAAAAUAUCAACCCUGUGGAGCACCCCAAAUACUCUGGAGGCCGCAACUACCACACCAUGAUGGUCAGUCUACAUACAACCUGUGCUGACCUCCUGCAAAAGGUGUCUGAUUCCCCAGGUUUGGCAGGACAGUUCUUGGAAAAGGCAGCAGAGAAAUCAGACGAGUCCAAGCGAGAGCUCAGUGGCACAUGUUCCACUGAAAUAGCAGAGUACAUCAGUACUGUUGCUAAAGGACAGGCUGCAAAGGAUAAAAGGACUAAGGAUGACCGGCCAGAAUCCAGUAAGUCGAUGCUACCUCCAAGACCACCCACACGACGGGGUCGACACACAGCGGAUGCAGUCACAUCACAACUCUUCUAUCCGACCAUGUCUCUCUAUCACCAAAAACUACCCAAUAAAGCAUUGCCCGGUGAACUGACGCUAUCCCAGCUUCUGCAGAUUUUGCACCAGAGAGGAGAACAAGAGGGACACUCUGUACUUCAGUUUUAUGUAAAAAUCGAGUCAAAGAAGAAAGAAACCACUGUGCAAGAUGCUCGUUGUAGUCCCACGGACGACUGGACAGAGUCGGAUGAAGAUAUACUCUCUGAUGCGACACUGUUGUCCGUGUCCUCAUUCCCCACAGCAUUACAAGUGUUUGCUAGUGUGGGGGGUCUGGCACUGCUGGCGGAACACCUACCACUGCUUUACCCGGAAAUUGCCCGACACCCCACACAGGACUUCAUCACCAACAGCUACAGCAGCAAGACUAUGUCCAAUUCCACUGAGCUACAUGACUGGGUUACGGUGGAACCGUUCCCUGAGGAUUUCUAUGAACUGUAUGAGCCUGUGUCGCCUGCACCGGCUGUGUCCAGGGCAACUAACCCCUCAGUAGCUAUGCCAUCCAUUCCUCCACAUUCCCUGGUUGCCUUUGGUCUGUUUCUGAGGCUACCAGGCUAUGCUGAGGUACUGCUAAAGGAGAGGAAGAAGGCCCAGUGUCUGCUCAGGCUUGUGCUGGGAGUCACAGAUGAUGGAGAUGGAGGUCAUAUCCUGACAUCGUCCAUAGCUAGUUCUCUGCCGACCUUGCCUUUCCUGGUGCUUAAGACACUGUAUGACAGUACACCCCUGACAACUGAUGAUGGGGUGCUGCUGAGGCGUAUGUCACUGGACAUUUGGGUGAUCCACCUGAUUCUGGCCUGUUUGUCAGUCCUCAGUCAUCACAUACCAAGGACAUCUGUGCCAGGGUUCCAACAGGAGGCCCAAAUGAUAUUGUCUGCCAUGCAGACUGCCACCACGCCAACUGUGAAUUCUGUAAGCCACUCGUCUGAGGAGAAGUCACAGCAGUACUGGGCCAAGGGUACAGGCUUUGGUACGGGCUCCACCACCUCCAGCUGGGAUGCUGAGCAGGCUCUCGUCCGACAGAAGAGUGAGGAGGAGCACGUCGCCUGCCUCUUACAGGUCUUGGCAAGCUAUGUAAAUCCAAGUGGUGAGGUCCCAAAAUGCUUUGAGGAUUUAGAUUACACAGCUCCCUCAGAGAAGAUGCUCCUCCCACCCAAUAUUCCUGAGCUGCUAAGCCAGUCCUGUUUGGUGCCAGCAAUCUCAUCAUACCUUAGGAAUGACUCUGUGCUGGACAUGGCACGCCAUAUCCCUCUGUACCGUUCACUGUUGGAACUUUUACGGGGGAUUGCCGUGUGCCCCACCCUUGUGCCACUUCUGCUGCCCUUGGAUAAGGAAAACAACACUGACUCCACAGCAGCUGUAGGGAUAUUGCUGGAUAAAAUGAGGGUGUGUGUGGACACCUAUGCAAGCCGUCUCAAGUCCAAUAAAGGUAAGAACGGCCAGGCUGGAGAUGAGGAGGAGAAUGAAGGUCUUGCCCUACUCAUACCAAACAUCCAGGAGACUGCACACAUUGUUAAAGUGGCCACAGAGAGGCUACAGAAAUCAACAGUGUGUGACAACAGUAGUAUAGACAAUGAAGAGACUGCCCUGGACAGUCUGUCAUACAAGGAAACCCAGGACAGGAAAUACAUUGAGGCCAUGAAGGUGCUCCAAUUUGAUACCUCAGACUUGGUAAUAGAUGAUGGUAAUGGGAUCAAGUUUACAUCACCGCACCACUACGAGAACAAUGUGAAGGCAGCUGGUGAAAUCAACAACCCAGCCCGCACACGUCGCCUCGCUCAGGAGGCUGUCACUCUGUCUACCUCACUACCCCUCUCAGCCGGUAGCUGUGUGUUUGUCCGCUGUGAUGAGGAACGUCUUGACAUCAUGAAGGUGAUGAUCACUGGUCCUGCUGACACUCCCUAUGAGAACGGCUGCUUCGAGUUUGAUGUGUACUUCCCACAGGACUACCCAAACUCUCCACCAUUCAUCAACCUAGAAACCACUGGAAAUCAUACCAUUAGAUUUAAUCCCAAUUUAUACAAUGAUGGCAAGGUUUGUUUGAGUGUAUUGAACACAUGGCAUGGCAGACCAGAAGAGAAAUGGAAUUCAAACACAUCUAGCUUUUUACAGGUGCUUGUGUCCAUCCAGUCAUUAAUAUUGGUAUCAGAACCAUACUUCAACGAACCAGGAUAUGAAAGGUCACGUGGCACAACCUCAGGGACUGCUAGCUCACGAGAGUAUGAUGCUAAUAUCCGGCAGGCUACUGUUAAAUGGGCUAUGCUGGAGCAGGUACGCAACCCAACACCUUGCUUCAAGGAGGUAGUCCAUCGACACAACUGGCUCAAACGCCAUCACAUCUUGCGGCAGUGUGAGCACUGGAUAGCUGAGAUGGAGUCUUACUGUAACGACAAGAGAACAGGGCGCACAAUCGCUCACAGUACCCUUGCUCUGAAGCGACACUAUAACCAGUUGCGUGAGGAAUAUGCCAAGAUGAAGCCCCCAGAAGGACUAGAGGAGGAAGAGGAGGGAGACAUAGACCCUAAAGGGAAACAGUACCAGACAGAUAACAGCCUAAACACCUCGGCUUCAAUUGGAGACCUGGAAGCUGCUGUCGCGGGACCCUCCACUUCCCAAACUGACCCAUGUAACAACAUUUGACAGGAGGUGAUCGUUUAGGCAACACCGGAAAAUUGACCAAGCUACAUGCUGUGUGAUUAGUCGGGGAAUAGUUACAUGAUUUCUAGUGCUCCAGUAUGUGGUUCCAUACUGAUGAUGGUAGCCAGCAGUGGAAAUUGACCUUAUUCUGACUGUUCAUAGUCAGUACCGGAAAAUGAUGUAUCGAGGCAGAAACUGUAGCCGUGGCCAUAAGUUGUUGUAUCUUUAAUAUAGCAACGAUUUACAGGGAUAUACAAUGUGUAUCAAUGCUAUCAGGUUUGUGACCAAAACAAAGUCUAACCAUGUUUGUAACUUUACAGAAUUGGUCUCGGCCUUGAUAAAAAGUACAGCAAAAAAGACUUAUGAUGAUGAGAUGUUUUUAUUAUGUUAACCCAUGACAAAACUGUACAGUAGGAGCAUGGGAGAUAUUUAUUCUUUGUGCAACUUUAGAGCAGAUUUAAGAUUCUGCCACAGUGUUGCAGAGUAUUUAUUUUACUUUUGACAGAACAAUAAUGUAACCUGUAUAACACUGAUCGAAGAUCAAUAUUUUGUUAACUAUUUUGUGUGCUGAAGAUGUAUGUGGUGGAUAAGUGCGGUGCCACUAGACAGGAUGUUUGACACACCCUACUUUAUUAUUUAGUCACACACCUAGACACUGUUGUGUGGCAGACAAACAUUGAUUUUUGUAUUGUACUAAUAUUAUGGAAUUGACCACAUGGCAGUUAAUGUGACUGAGCAUUUGAUUUGCUGCAAAUGGCCAAAUCUCAUCUGUAAUUUCUGUUUUAAUUUUUUUCACUCCUUCAAGUGUGUCCAUUGACUUUGUUAUCUAUGCUUACAAUACUAGGAUGACGUCCCACGGACUUGGUGGUGAGGAGUGAUUUGUUGUCUGUCAGACAGGCAAAGCAAGUGCUGCCCCACAAGGGCUUCAACCAGUACGAUUUGUGAUAUAGUCAUGCAAUAUUGUGAUAUUCUCAUAAAGCGUGAGUGUGAAAGUCAUGGAAUGUGUUGCUUAUAUCGAUGAGAGAUGUUAUUGUGAUUGUCUAAUUGUUGGAUGUUGUGACUGUAGUUAAGAAUGAUUUUGUUCCCACCUUUGCUGUGUCCAGACAAAUGCCAAAUUGAUAAACAACCAGUCUAAUGUUAAAUGAGCAUUUGUCAGAAUUGUUGAUAUCUGUGCACUGCUUUGUGUGUGCAAUGUUGCCCCCAGUGAAGCCAAGGAAACACUGAUCAACUUGGUCUUGCUUUUAUAUGGCAUCCUUGCACGCCCAUGUCUUAACAAAGUGAUGUUGUGUGGUAUUCACUAGUUUUACAAUCAUUCAGAUUUCAAACAAAAAGUUUUUGUCUCCUUUUAAAUCAAUGUUUUCUUUCCCCCAUUUUCAAUUAAUACUGCACCAUUUUUUUAAUUCGUACAAUGACGACUUGUUUACUUGGUUUUACAUCAUAAAGCAUCACUGACUAAUACUUCAUGUGUUUGAUCAGAAUUAACUUGUUUUAUAAAAUUUGUUUGAAAAUUUUGCUGAAUAUGCAAGUAAGUCACUACCUUGUUACAAACUCAGUAAUCUUAUUCUUGAUUGAUGCAGUGAUAUUUGUAGAUGUAGGCAGAUGUUUGUUUUUUGAAUUUGAAGUGUUUGUGUGGAAGGAGCUAUUUUAUAUGAUGUUCUGAAUAUUAUGGCAUGACCUGGUUCAGUAGUGGAGUUGCAUUGGGUUGGGUUGAGGGGAGGUGGCACUGUAACAGUUAUUAGUUUUGGGUGGUCACCACACAGGGUUUAGGAGAUAUUAGCACUCCUUGUAACUGAUAAAUUUAAGACGGAAGGGUUCGAGUGAGUGGAGAUAUGCUUCUCCUUGUGACUGACAAGGUGAAGUUGGAAGGGCUGUGGAAAGUAUUUCCCUGUUAAUGACAAUUUUGAAGUGGAAAGGUAAUAGGAGGUAGUGAUCUGAUACUGCAUCAGGUACCAUUCUGUUCCCUGUUUGUUACACAAGUGUGUAAGCACCUACGUUUUAGUACAUUACCUUUUGUUACAAUACCCAGUAACUCCUGGUUUCUGACCACAGAUCUUAGAUUAUAUUUUAAGAAUUAUGGCAAAUUAUGCCUCCAUCAGAUUAUUUUUGUCUUGAUGUUAAACAUUAUGAACUACAUAUGUUUAAAUAUUAGGGUAACUUUUUCUUGCAUUUCAUGUUUUAUUCUUUGAAAACUGUCCAUGUGAAAUAUUUUCUGGGCAGCUGAAACUUCCUUUAAAUGUAUAAUGAGCUAAUUUAUAGAAUGUAAAUUUACUUUGAUAAGGGCAAUUUGAGGUUUUGAAGUCAAAUUGAAGCCUGCGAGUCAAAGUAAUGAAAUAGUUAAUUAUCAUUGUGUACAAUAUUUGAUUUUUUUUUUAUUGGUUUGACUUCAAUUCCUCAAAGAUGUCUAAAAUUUGUUGUCAAUGUUUUCAUUAAAUUGUUGUCUGUGGCAUGUUGACUAUAGAGAAUAUAAGUACAAAAUGUAUCGUUGUUGUUUUAUAUCUCUAUAUAUUGUUAAUCCGGAUUGUACUACUAUUUCACAGUCGACUGUCUACACUGCUAUGGUGGCCACGUUCAGCAUUGGUCUCUGUGAAUGUUUGAGUACAGUCGUGUGUGGAAGGGGUUAGAGUGCUAGUCUGUGUGCUCUUUCAUUAAGUAAUGAUCAAGAAGGGAUGACUGAAGUAACAAUUAGUUAUAUUUACCAAGGUUAAUUUCAUCCCCAGAUUGUCUUCAUUUUAAUAAUAAAUACUUGCAAUAUUCUUGCUGAAUAUUGUGUGGUAGAUCUAAGGAUUAAAUAUUACAAAAAUUACAAGUACAAUUUUUAC